UGAACGUUUGAUUUUGAAUCAUCUUCCAAAAGAUAUAUCAUGUGCUGCAGAUUAUCAACAUACAUUCUGAAGUAUUUUUCCACUCUAUUUGCUAUCAGAUAAAAAUGCUUUAUUUUAUGGACACAAUAUCUCAUGUAAUUCAUAAGAAUAAAUAAGAUAGUGAUUUUCAAAGCAAAGUCACUGGAAUUUUUAUAUUGAAGAUUCUUGAUCGGGGAAUUUAGUAUACAGUUAACGGCGCUAUUUCAAAAUAUUUGAGACAGAUAAAAAACAGAGAUAGCCUAAGUUGUAUUAUGUAUUCAAUAAGAUACUAUCAUAAGAAUUUAUUAUGUGUAUAAUUAUAUUAAGGUUUAUACAUUCUGUUGAAGAUAGUGUGAAUAUCAAUAAACUCUGCAGUUAUUUGAUUUUUUUUAAUUUUACAUAUUCAACAAUUCCAAAAAGUAUAUCAAGUCAAAUUGCAUUAAAGUAUAUACAUGUUUCAGUUAAUGCUUAUUAUUAACCGUGCGUCUGAUUUGGUAAGCCCAAAAAAUAGACAGCACAAAAACACUUUCUGGCAAUGCAUACCAAUGUGCAGCUUCAAAAUAAACCCAUCAACAAUGUGAACAUGAGAGUGAAAUUAAGUUCAAAAUAAAGAAUAAUUUGAAUACCAAAGCUUUACAGUACAACCUAGUUAUUGCAAAGUCACUGGAAUUCUAUUUCGUACGAAUUAACUACGGGACGAAAUGAGAUAGUGUUCCGCGCAUGCGCACCACUGUGCUUCCGCUCUGUCGUAGACGAGCAUGUAAAUUUCUAUGUGCGCUGCACGAAAUUGGAAAUUUUAAAAUCUAGUGUAUGCAUUUGUCAUUUAAGACAAUAAAAUUCGCAAGCGUAGCUUGUAUAAAUAUUAACUGUCGUAGACAGUGCGAAAUUGUUUGCUUACACACGGAAUUAGAUCGAUUUUUCCGAUCGGUGAAGUGUUGCACGUGGUGCUUACUUAAACAUUCACAAUGGCGGAUAAAAUGGAAAAGCCAUCAAAACCGUUAGAGACCCCAGUUGUCAAUGAAGACAAGAGUAAGCGAGCCUGUAAAAAGCCGACGCCUUCUACUCCCGCGACGGGUAGUAAAAAAUCGGAAGAAAUAAACGAAACAAUUCUGGCAUUCAUGAAGAAUGUCCAGCUAACGUUGAAAAAGAACGAUGAUCGUUUGACGGGAAUUUGCAACAGACUCGACGAGUUUGACAAGGCAAUAAAUUACGAAGACUUCUGUGGAGAAGAUGGAGAGUUCUAUGAAGAACCAUCCUGCGAUGUAAUGCCGUCGGAUGUUGUUCAGGGAGAGAAAAGGAAGGCCGCGGAAAAUUCGAGAUUUUCGAACAUGACUAAAAAGUUCAAGACUGUUGAAGUCUGUGACCAGAACAUUGAUGAAACUCUGGCGGAAAAUACGAAUGAGUUAUUCAAAAAUGGCAUAGAUGAGACUAGAUAUGAGGAAUUAGUUAAAGACGAAAGAAAUGCCAGGCCAGAAAAUUGUGAUGGCCUAGUGACAGUAAAAACAAAUCAUCUAAUUUAGGAUGUAUUGUCUUCAUCAGCUAAAAACAAUGAUAAAAAGCUUCAAAAUAUUGAAACGCCUGUGGUCAAAGGUGCGACCAUAUUGGUGAAAGCCAUUAAUCAUAUGGCCGUUCUGGAAAAAGAAAAUCCCGAGUAUGGAGAGGUGAUUGAAAACUGCAAUGAGGCCUUAGCAGUGUUUGGACACGCUAACAAACAAAUUGUUCUGACAAGGCGGGAUUUCUUAAAGACCGAGAUAAGGGAGGAAUAUGUGCAUCUGUGCAACCAUAGUGCACCAUUCACAAGCCUUCUAUUCGGGGAUGACAUUUCCAAAAUUGCCCGAGAGAUUGAGGACAUUGCCAAAAUUAGCAAUAAACUUAACAAGUUUCAUCGCACAAGAGGCAGGCAGCCAUUUCAAGGCACAUACCGCAGUCGCGGCCGUGGUUAUAGGGGCUACUCGGGCCGAGGUACCAGUAGAGGAGGAAACAUGUCAUACAUUUCCCCACUUCAAGUGCCUUCUAACUACCCGGACUCAAAAAACUUCCAAAAGAGGGGGCAGUUCAGACAAAACAGGAAUUAAAAUCAAAGCUUAAUAAGUCGCUGCAUUCGAAAGGUCAAGACAGACAAAGCCAAAGGAAUAAUCAUAACCCCACUUUGGCCAACACAACCAUGGUUCCCGAUAUUGAUGUCAAUUCUAGUGGAGAAACCUCGGAUAUUGCCGAAAAAAAGAUCUCUUGCCAAAUUCAAAUACAAGACAUCCACUGUCUCAAAAACUAAUCCUUGUGGCAUGCAAAGAGUCAGGAAACUCUAUAGACACCGAGGAUUUUCAACACAAGCUACCGAUAUUAUCAUGUCAGCUUGGAGAGACUCAACAAAAUGCCAGUACAAAGUCAACAUUAAGAGAUGGUUACAGUAUUGCAGUGGCCGUGAGAUAAAUCCAGUUUCAGUUUCUAUAAACGAUGUGAUUGAAUUCCUCACAACAGAAUAUAACAAGGGUUUAGGUUAUUACUCAUUAAAUACAGCUAGGUCGUCGCUAACAUCAUUAGGAAUUAUAAUUGACAAUUAUCAAGCAGAAUUGCAUCCAAUUGUAGUGAAAUUCAUCAAAGGUGUCUUUAAUUUGCGACCACCAGUACCUAAAUACUGUUGUACUUGGGACGUAGAUAAAGUACUAAAUUACCUAAGGAAACUUUCACCUGUAAAAUUAAUCUCUCUAAAGGAUUUAACAUUUAAAUUGGUAAUUUUGAUUGCCCUGGCGAAAGCAGCCAGAAUCCAAACAGUUCAAUUGUUAUCAGUUAAUAAUUUGAAGAAGUUACGUUCAAAGUUCGUUGUUUACUUCGAUGGCCUCUUAAAGCAAAGUCGUCCAAGUUGUAAUCAAAGUUAUAUUGAACUUACAGCAUAUCCUCAAGACAGGAGGUUAUGCGUAUAUACAGUGGUUAAAGAAUACUUAGUUUGUACUAAACCAGCAAGAACUGGUGACAAUGAUAGACUGCUUUUAAGUUUAAUUAAGCCCUACAAAGCGGUAUCAAGGGAUACAGUCAGCCGAUGGAUAAAAACUGUGAUGAUUCGCUCAGGAAUAGAUGUUUCAGUUCGGUCCACAUAGUGUAAGAGCCGCAGCGACAUCAAAAGCUUACAUGAAUGAUGUUCCCAUUAAUGUUAUAUUUAAAACUGCGGGCUGGUCUUACAGUAGUACUUUUGCCAAAUUCUAUAAGAAGGACAUUGCUGGAGCUAGUAAAGAGGAUUUCAACUCAGCUGUGUUGGCAACCAAGGAUUGAGGCACUGUUCAGGUAGUGAUUUAUAACCAUUAUCAGCUUUGAAAUCUCAUUUCGUCCCGUAGUUAAUUCGUACGAAAUAGAAUUGUAGAAUUAAACGAGACUUACCUGGAAGUUGAAGUUCAAUUGUAAUUAUAUGACAAGAAGAAUUAAGGAGGGAUGAAAUGCCACCCCCACCCAUCUACAAUAAAGAAUAAAUACAGAAACAACACUACAUGUAUAUAAAUGCGAUGCAUUUACUUUCAUAAAUGGAUAAUGGUUAAUAAAUCUUUUAAAAACUAAUGCGCAUGCGCGGAACACUAUCUCAUUUCAUCCCUUCUUAAUUCUUCUACUCAUGGAAUUACAAUUGAACUUCAACUUCCAGGUAAGUCUCGUUUAAUUCAACAAUUAAGAACAAUAAUUUGAAAUACAAAUUAAUUGAAUAUAUCUGUUCUGUUUUUAAUAAAAUUUCACUGUUUUAAAACUGUCGAUGCUUUAUAAAUGUGAGAGUGACCUUAAUUAACAACUUGACCAGACGUUUAUAAUAACAACAUAUUUGUUAUUGAAUUAGUAUAUAAUAAAGUUAUACUUCAUUAUUAAAUAGGAUUUAUUCAAAGUAUUUGCGCGAAACGGAAAAAAACACAUUUUUUUACUGUGCAUGCUGGUUAGCACAGUACCUCGCCUUCUUUCAAUGAACCAAGCAAAAAGUCAACAGGCAGGAGCAACAUUAUGUUACAAACAACACAUUUGAUAAUAAACUUAAAUCGCAAACAGCACUUUAAUAACGAGGAAUUCUUACUUUUUCUUUCGCUCAGUAAUAGCUUAAUUAUUAUUCAGUUUAAGUUAAAUAAAUUAAUUUGUUACAGUUAUAUAAAACAAUUCAUGUCAUGAUGUUGCUUUAGUUUUACAAAUAUUCUUUACAACAUAAUCUGACAUGUAUUAUAAACUUUUAAGUUCACUGUAAUUUAUCGAUAUUGAUCUUCAAACAUUGCCAAGGUAUUGGGCUAAGCUUAGGAGUACAGACAUCGUAUGUGCAUUAGUUUACAAAAAUGUCCUCACACCAUUGCAUGUUUUCAACUAAGGAUAUAAAUAAGCGUUAACCUAGUAAUCGUUUGCUUUUUCAUCUGUUAAACAUAAUGUAUUUGUUCAUUUGCCGCAUAAGCAUUAAACAGGCAUUUCGAAUAGUGGAUAUUUCUUGGAUUCUGUGUUUUGUAAAAUUUGGUGACUUAAAAUUGAAAAUAAAUGAAGACAAACAUGUAAGACAAUUACAAUCCACCAAAAUAUUCUUAGCACAAGA